AUGAGAAGUGGAAAGCAACUGUCUGAGCCGGUAAAGAAGAGGUUCACUGCGGCUGAGAAGGGGAAACAGAAAGUGUCUGAACAACCACCAGCUGAUACCCCGGCAGCUGAGAAGGAGAGGGAACCAACAGUUGGAACCAAUUCGCCAGGACCAGAACAACCAGCUGAGGCUGUCCGCCCGAUCCCAGAGCCUGUUCAUGCUCGCGAAUACACUCCUAAAGUCCCUUACCCUGUUCCAGCAAAGGCUACUCGUAAGGACCGAGAGGAGAUGAAGUGCAGAAAGAUGUUGGAGGACCUAACCGUACGAAUCCCCUUGAUGGAUGCGAUCCAGAUGAUGCCCUCCAUGCGCAGCUUUAUGAAGGGAUUGAUCUCAGGAAAAAUAUCGGAGGACAGCGAAUUCAUGACUGUCUCUAAGGAGUGCAGCGCCGUGCUUCAGAACAAGCAGAUAAAGAAGCGAGGAGACCCUGGCAAGUUCGUCCUCUCUAUCCAGAUUGGGAAGACAGUUUUCUCAUGCUCCUUGGUUAAUCUGGGAUCCAGCGUAAACCUCAUGCCCUACUCUGUAGCACGACGUCAGGGAUAUACGCAUUUCAAACCAACUAAGAUGUCCUUGAUGUUCGUGGAUAGAUCAAUUAAGUCCUCGGUUGGUAUUCAAGAGGAUCUCCAAGUAAAAGUCGGGAACACCUCUGUUCCAGCAGACUUCGUAGUUAUAGAGCUGGAAGAGGAAUCCAAAGAUCCUCUCAUCUUAGGAAGACCGUUCCUAUGUACUGUUGGAGCCAUCAUUGAUGUGCGGCAAGGGAAAAUUGAUCUCAAUCUGGGGGACAUAGUCAUGCAGUUCGAGAUGGAUGAGCUGCUGAAGAAGCCGAUGCUGGAUGGACAGACCUUCGAGGUGGAUGAAGGGAUUGAUCCGCUGCAACCUCGCGACGGGAUGAUAGAGGAGAUUCUUACAGAAGAUCCACUUAAGCUUGCAGUAGUAAGAGCUGAGGCCGAGCAGAGUAUCGAGAACAUUGACGCAGACGGGUAUGAUAAGAUGCUUGACUCCGUAAGGAGUAUGGGACGAAUGGUGGCGAGUCUAAGUCUGGGGGAAGAAAGCAACAAGGACGAGAACACUCCAACUGGAGCGACCCCUUUACCAAACUCGCCUGUUCCGCCAAACCUACCUGAUAAUCCCUGGAGCGAGUUGAAGGCUCCCAAGGUUGAGCUAAAACCCCUUCCCAAGGGGCUCAGGUACGCUUUCUUAGGUCCGAAUUCCACUUACCCAGUCAUUGUGAACGCUUAA